AUGGGCUCUUCCAACGAGACUUCGACAAUGUUCAGCACCGUCGAGCCCGGUGAUUCAAGCAGCGCUCAGAAUUUCAGCACCUUGGACAGCGCGCCAGCUGAAGCAGCGCCCCUUGCACCGGCCGUUCUCUGCACGGUCCUGUCUAUCUACUGCACCAUCAUCGCCGUGGGUCUCCUAGGAAAUGUCAUUCUGAUUAAAGUGUUUGUCACGAUCAAGUCCAUGCAGACAGUCCCUAACAUCUUUAUUGCCAGCCUGGCUGUGGGAGACCUGCUGCUUUUGCUGACCUGCGUGCCGGUGGACGCCAGUCGCUACUUUGCGGAUAGGUGGCUCUUCGGCAGAGCUGGCUGCAAGAUCAUCUCUUUCAUCCAGCUGGCCUCGGUCGGCGUGUCCGUGUUUACCUUGACCGCCCUCAGCGCUGACAGGUACAGAGCGAUCGUCAGGCCCAUGGACAUGCAGGGCUCGGACGCCAUGCUGUGGACGUGCUGCAAGGCGGGGUGUAUCUGGAUGGUGUCCAUGCUGUUCGCAGUCCCGGAGGCUGUCUUCUCAGACCUGUAUUCAUUCACUGUCCUGGGAAUCAACAGCACCUUCGAGACGUGUGCACCCUACCCGGUCUCAGAGAGAGCCCUGCAGGAGACGCACUCGCUGCUCUGCUUCCUCGCCUUCUACCUCGUCCCACUUGCCAUCAUCUCCAUCUACUACGUCCUGAUCGCCAGGACUCUGGUCAGGAGUGCCAGCAACAUGCCUGGGGAGGAACACCCGCACAUCCGGAAACAGAUGGAGUCUCGUAAGCGUCUUGCGAAGACGGUGUUGGUGCUUGUCUUCCUGUUCGCUCUGUGCUGGCUGCCCAAUCACGCGCUGUACCUGUACCGCUCCUUCACCUACAGCUCCUCUGUCGACUCCUCCAUCAGCCACCUGCUGGCCUCCUUCCUGUCUCGGGCCCUGGCCUUCAGCAGCUCCGUAGUGAACCCCUUCGCCCUCUACUGGCUCAGCAAGACCUUCUGCCAGCACUUCAACACCCAGCUCUGCUUUGCGUGCCGCCACCGGUGCCGGGAUGCCCGCCAAAACAGCCUGGCACACAGCCAGACCGGCAUCACCAUGGCUACUGUGAGACUCUCUGAGGGCUGA